AUGCCCGCUAAUGACCAGCCCAAAGCCGAACAGGCCACCGUUCGGCGCAAUGAUAUCGAUGACCAGCUCUGCUUGCUCUCGCUAGACGGCGGCGGCGUGCGGGGCUUGUCCAGCCUGAUGAUCCUCAAACAGUUGAUGGAAGCCAUCGAUCCGCAACAGCCGCCCCGGACCUGCGACUAUUUCCACAUGAUCGGCGGCAAUUCGACGGGAGGACUAAUUGCCAUUAUGUUAGGAAGGGCGCGCAUGACCGUCGACGAGUGUAUCCUCGCAUACAACAAGCUGGCGCCCAAAGUCUUCACCAAGGUCCACCACCGGAUCAGCAUCUGGACUGGCGAGACACAAGGGCGCUUCGACCACAUCGCGUUGGAGAGGGAGAUCAAGGCAUUGCUGAAGAAGACCCCAGACGCUCGGUUGCGAGAAGUUGAGGAGGACAGCUGCUGCAAAGUGUUCGUCACUCGGUUUAUGUCCAUUUCGUCUUCGGGCUUGUCUCAAACUUCAUGGCUGACCAUACCCCCGCUAUCUAUAAUUGUAGUUUCCCCUCGACGUGGCAACGAUGCACUAUCCCAGGCCAAAAUAUGGGAGGCGGCGCGCGCCACGUCGGCCGCAACGACCUUCUUCGAUCCCAUUACCACUGGAAGCGAGACCUUUGUGGACGGCGCAACGGGAGUCAACAACCCUAUAAAUUAUCUGUGGACGGAAGCCGGCGACAUAUGGGGCGACGUAGAGGGCUUAGGCGAGGCUCGCGUGAAAUGCCUUGUCUCCAUUGGCACUAACUUGCCGUCCCUCGUCUCCUUUGGCCCGGACGUCGCCGGCCUAGCAAAAGCCCUGAAGGCUCUAUCGACCGACACCGAAGCCACGGCAAGUGUGUUCCAGAAGCACCACUCGAAGCUUUUUGCCAACGGCCACGCCUUCAGGUUCAAUGUCACCGCCGGCGGAGCGCGAGUGGACCAAUGCCCUGGUCGGAGACAUCAUCGAAUUUGCCAAGGCGUCAAUGGAGGGCCUCGACACCCGGACAACCAUAUGGGGCGCGAGGAUCUUCAGUGGCUUACCCAUACUACGCCAUACGAUACGUGGUGGUCACAGAACGGACCGAGUUCUUUCCUACAUUGUCGGCUGGCUUCCAACCCUGGAGGCUGCUCCGGCGGGUGGGUGGUUGCGUCUUUAGCCCAGUUUUUGCCCUCUGGCCUGCAGUCGCACAGGCUCCCGGGAACUGGCGACAAGCCUGGCCUCUCCCGCAGCUUGUAUUGCCAGUGUCUCGCAGAGCCGUCAGAUGGAGUUGGCAUCGACAGAGAUGAGAGAGGGAUGGGCCAGCCCACCGUAUCCGCUCAUCACGUCCUCGUCUCCCUUAUUUGCCAGGCAUUCUUGGUGGAUCACAGCCAUUUCGAAGACCUCGGACAACGACUACUCAUGCUUAACUCGGCCGACGGGCGGUGGAUGCGAUUGGCGACGAACAACCCAGAAUCAGUGACCCUGGACAUUGGCGUGGCGCUGCUCGCAACAGCAAUUUCUACGGGAAGCAGGCCUGCCUGUCGACAGCCAACACCGAGUAUCACGUGUGUUGCAUCGCUGCACUUCGGCGACUGGAACACGCGCCGGGAUCAAAUCGACCACCCUGACGAGGGGACGAACCUGUGGAUCUGGGAGCAUCCGGAAUACAAGGCCUGGGAUGCAGCAAACCAAGGAAUACUGUGGAUCGAGGGAAAACCGGGUAGUGGCAAGUCCGUCCUCGCGAGUUCUAUGCAGAAACGGAUCGUUGCCUCAUGGGAGCGAGAAGCACCAGGCAUCUCCGAGCAUUCCCAGUCACGCGGCAGCUCCCCAGCAUCCAUCGUAGCCGGAUGGUUCUAUUCAACCCGGCUUGGGGAUGUGGGCACGUCCCACUCUUCUCUUUUGUGUGCCCUGAUUUACCAAAUCCUGUGCCAGGAGCAGUCUGUCUUCCGCGACAUCGUCGUCGAUUACUAUCGCAAGUUCUCCGCCACAUCUUCGCAACGCCAAAAGAACCGUAGUACCUUUGCGACUGGGGCCUUGGACAUCAAAGGGCUGGUGUUGAAACACACCUCGCAAUGCCGGUGCCGGCGGUCCAGGAACUGGAAUCUCCAUCAUGGUGUUCAUCCUCGGACUUUGAGGCCACCGGCUUAG